CCUUGCUCGUCUCCCGGCUCAUUAGUCUAAAGUCAUAGAUUUGGCAGUCCUCCUCUGGCCAGAGGGGACCUAGUUUAAGCGAUUUUGGCCUAAAAGGAAAGAGCUUAAGAGUGUUUCCGGGCAAAGAGGUCACACGCCGCUUCACCUCAGGGUUACCCCGUCGGUUUCUCGUCGCUUCAGGAGGAGCGAAUUUGAGGCUCCUGUCAUGAGGAGUUAAUUCCAGCCGGGCCCGUGCAACAGGGAUCGACAAUGACGGUGCCCGUGGCUGUCCUGCGCCUGCCCCGUGGGCCUGAUGGUUCAAGCCGUGGUUUUGAUCCCAACUCCCCUCGCUUCCAGGCUCUGGGGCGCGGCAGCCUGCUUUCCAGAGCAUACAAGGACGCGGCUAACCUGGAGCAGGAGCAAGAAGCACGGGUCGCCCUGCGGGAACGCUACUUACGCAGCCUCUUGGCCAUGGCUGGCCAGCCGGUCAACUUCGCCAUGUACAAUAAGGUGGAGGUCAGGGCCUUAUUUGGAGCCUCGGACAUCGACAUCCUGAACUUCCAGGUUUCUCAGCUUCAGACACCUCUGGGAAUUCAGAAGGAAGCCCUCCUGCGUUGCUCGGACAUUAUCGCGUAUUCCUUCGAAGUCUGAAGGGCGACCUGUUUGCACAGGAGAGCCUCGGAUUAUGGCAGAGACUCAAGACUUGCGUCCGGUCACUUUUUGGUUUUUUUGAGUCCACAGCUCUUAAAAAUAAAUUUCGACAUCCACAGCAAACGAAGCCACCUGGAUUUCCUUGUAAGAUCAGAGCAGCUCCCCCACAAAGGGGGAGGUUGCUAGAGCUCAGCGAUUCAUCUGUAGGUGGUCCUCGCCUUACGACCAGUUAUUCAGUGAACCAUCAAAAUUAUGAGAUUCUGAAAAAGGGUCUUAUGGACCUGGUUUUCAAGUUUGAAUGUCUCCCACCCCCACCCCUCGGUGGUCAUAUGACUACAUUGUGGGCGCUCGGCAACCAGCCCGCAGUCGCAAGACUGCAAUUUACAACGUGUUUGUCUGAAAGGGAGGGUUUGCUUUUAGCUUCUGGUGAAAAUCUCCCUAUAGGACAGGGGUCUCCAACCUUGGCAACUUUAAGCCCGGAGGACUUCAACUCCCAGAAUGCCUCAGCCAGCUUUGCUUAAAGUUGCCAAGGUUGGAGACCCCUGCCAUAGGAAACGAACAGGUUUGUUUUAUGGCCACCUGCCUGCCUGCCUCACUUCACUUUACAAGUACCAAAAAAAGGUAGUAAAAAUCAGUCGUCUAGUUCAGGGGUCUCCAACCUUGGCAACUUUAAGCCUGGCGGACUUCAACUCCCAGAAUUCUGGGUGUUGAAGCCCUCCAGGCUUAAAGUUGCCAAGGUUGGAGACCCCUGGUCUAGUUGGCCCCCUCAUGACCACCAAAACCUAUAGGCAUAAUCCGAGUCUCAGGUAGUCCUUGAGCCUUAACUCGAGGACUACCUGUACUUCCAAUAACAGGUCCUUGGACUUAUGACGACAAUCGAGCCCAAGAUUCCUGUUGCCACGUGAGACAUUUGUUAAAAAGUGAGUUUGGUUCUGUUUCAUGAGUUUUCUUUCCACAGUCACUAAGCGAAUUGCUGCAGGUGUUAAGUCCCACGGUUGUUAAGUGAAUCUGGCUCCAUUGACUUUGUCAGGUCGCAAAAGGGGAUCACGUCACACACACACACACACACACAUCCCCGGGACACUGCAACCGUCGCAAAUAUAAGUCGGCUACCGAGCGUCAGAAUUUUGAUCACAUGACCACAGGAAGGCUGCAACGGUAGCAGGGGUGGAAAACGGUCCUAAGUCACUUUUUUUCAGUGCCGCUGUAACUUAGAAUGGUCACUAAACGAACUGCUGUAAGUCGAGGACUACCUGUAUUGGAAGGGGGUAGGAGAGUGUAAGGCGCUGGUGUCUUUUUUUCCCCUCCUAAUCCAAAGACACCUGGCAGGAGGAUCCAUCCUUCAUAUGCUUUGAAACCAGGCAAGGAAAUGUCCCCAGCUCCUGCUGGGUUUUUGGUUACACAUGUACAACUAGAGCAGGGGUGUCGAACUUGAUUUCAUUGAGGGAUGAAUUUGACUUUGGGGGACCGGAGUGGGCGUGGCUAGCUCAACACAAACUCAUGUCGGGGGUACCUGGGGUGGCCCAAGUGCUCCGCCAGCAAAAACGGGCUCCUGAGCUCCGUUUUUGGCUACGACGGCCUCCUGCAACCCUCUGCCAGU